AUGGAUAUCCCAGUCGCAUCAGCAGAGACGGUCUUCAACGUCCUCUCCCCCUCCGACGGCAAAGCUUACCUCAUCCUCCUGAUCAUCAUGUCCCUCUGCCUCGGCGCUCUAACCAUGGACCUCUUCAACCACCUCCGGUUCGACUACCGUCUCGUCACCAAACCAGGCUGGUCCAAACCCGCCAUCCUCGCCUCUCGCUCCGCCUACCUCUGCUGUCGCUACCUCUCGGUCGUCGUCAUGACCCUGAUCCUCUGCUUUCCCUUGCUCAAACUCGGCAACUGUACACCGAUUCCCCUGGUGUACGACAUCUUGGCCAUGUUCUUGCUCGACUCGGUCGCGUACAUCUUCGUCUCGAGGACCAUGGCGUUGUAUUCCUUCAAGAGGAAGGUCUGUGUUCCCUUGGGGAUCUUUUUCGGGAUGGUGUUGAUCGCUGCAGCAUUGUGCAUUCCCAAUUACGGGGAAGGGGUGAGGAUCGAGGGUACUGAGUUUUGCUUGUUUGUCUCGCACAAACACCUCACAAGGACCAAGGUCAUCAACAUCACGUACAAGACGCUGUCCAUGACGCUGGAUCUCACCCUUCUUCUGCUCACGCUUCAUCGGCUGCUCGAAGGUGGACUCGCUUCGAUCUUCAACACCAAGCGUCAACGCUUUGGAGCGAACAACCUCAGUCUUUCCGGCUUCUUGAUCCGUCAAGGAUUCCACUUCUACGCCCUUCAGUUUGGAACCGAUGUCUUCCUCAUCACCGCCUACUUUAGUUUCCCCAAUGAAGCGUACAAAGAUCUGGGAACUAUCUUGGGCUUUUGCAUCCCACCGAUUGUUGCAUCAAAGGCGUUCAGAGAGAUUGGAAAGAAGGCCCACGAGAUCGGCAUCCACAACGCUAGGCAGAUCAACGAGAUCGUCACCGAUUCAGCCAGCGGUAUCCGUCCCACCAAGAGCGGAGCAGCGUCGAGGCCUGCAGCACCAGCGAUGGUGGUCACUUCGGCCGCACCCAUGCGAGACCAAGAUGGUGUGGGUACGCAGACUAUCACGAGACAGUACUGGGAUGGAAGGCGGACUUUCGAUCACGGACGUGCUGACCUCACGGGGAUCGUGGUUACCCAUGGCGUGGUCUCGAGAAUAGAUGAGGGGGAGUGGGGGAGAGAUGCUCAGGCGAACGAUCAGUACGAGAUGAAGCGACAGUGGUCGGGUUCUGCUGCGAAGAGCGACGAAUCGAUUGCAUAG